AUGUCAACUACUACUACUACUACUACUACUACUGCUGCUGCUUCCACGGUUUCAAAAUUUUUAACCAACCAGUCCCCAUUCCCAACUUAUUUCUUUAGUCAUGGAGCUCCUUCAUUUUUAUACAAAUCAGAAUCAUUUUCAAAUAAAGGCGCAUAUAAUAAGAUAACUCAAUUAGGUAAAAAUAUAACUUCAAAUUUGAAACCUGAUUUUUUAUUAGUUGUGUCAGCUCAUUGGCAAUCGCAUGGUCAAAAUUUAAUUGAAAUAGGAUAUCCAUUCAUGUCAAAAACACACGAGAAUUCAUUAAUUUAUGAUUUUUACGGAUUUCCAAAUUAUAUGUACAAGGAACAAUUUCAUACUAAAAAUGAUCUUAGUUUGGCAAAAUUAAUUAAGGAGGAAUUAAUUAAUGUUGGUUUCAAUUCUGAGAUAGUUGAUAGGGGAUUAGAUCAUGGUGUUUGGGUGCCUUUAAAAAUUGCAUUUGCAAAUUAUAAUUAUGAAAAUAAAAUUAAAAGAGAUGAUUCAAAAGAAUUUGAUUUAGAUAUUCCUGUAAUUCAAAUAAGUUUAACUUCUAAUGAUAAAGAUUUUGAUUCUCAUUAUAAAUUGGGUCAAAUUUUAAGUAAAUUCAAAGAUAAUCUUGUAAAUAUAGAUGGUAAAGAAUUGAAAGGUAUGAUAAUUUGUAGUGGAAUGACUGUUCAUAAUUUAAGAGAUAUAAGUUCUAGUUUUAAUCAACCUAGUCAAAUUAUGCCAUAUGUUAAACCUUUCAAUCAAAAAUUGAAACAAAUUUUAACUAAAGAUGAUCAAUCUAAAAUUUUACAAAAUUUAAAAGAUUUGAAAAAGGAUACAAUGUUAUUUAGAGCUCAUCCUACCUUAGAACAUUUCUUACCAUUGGUUGUUGCUUCCGGUAUGAAUAAUAAACAAAUUAAAGAAAUUUAUAAUGAUGAAUUUUUAAGUCUUGGUUGGGGUAUUUAUGAAUUUAGUUAG